AGAGCUCCCCAAUCCCUCCCUCCACCCCAUCCAACCAUGGAAGCCACCCUCUUCUCCUUCCCCUCCACCAAGCCCCCUCCCCCAAAAACCUUAACGCUAACCCAAUCUAAAACCCUGACCUUAACUUAUCCUAAAUCGCUAAACCCCUACAGAAGAUCCUCCUAUUCCACCACAAUCCGCUCCGCCAUCAGCCGCACCAAGAAGGAAGAAACAGUCCAAACCGUGAAAGAACAGCUCGAGAACUGCCACCUCCUUGCCGCCAUCAAGUACAACGGCUUCACCGUCCAGCAGUUCCAGGAGCUCCGGCGGUCCCUGCCGGAGAAAUCCAAGCUCAUCGUUGCCAAGAACACCCUCGUCUACAAAGCCAUCGAAGGCACCUCUUGGGCGGCUCUGGAGCCGUGUAUGAAAGGCAUGAACGUCUUCCUCUUCGUCCACAGCGAGGAAAUUCCGGCUGCCAUCAAGCCCUACCGGGACUUCCAGAAGGAGAAGAAGCUCGAGGGCAAUGACUUCACCGGCGCCGUCUUCGAGGGCAAGUUUUACGGGCCGGACGAUUUCAAGGCGCUUGAGAGUAUGCCGACGAGGGCGGAGAUAUAUGCGAAGUUGUUGGGGGCUUUGCAGAGUCCGGCAUCGGCAUUGGUGGGGACGUUGCAAGCGCCGGCGAGGGACUUGGUGAUGGUGUUGAAGGCGUAUGUGAAGAAACUGGAGGAGGAAGGUUGAGAUUGUGCUUGGUGAGGAUGGACUCGACAACACCUUGAGCUAUGGGGUGAUAUCCCUCUCGAGCCUCUGCAAACACCCCUUUAGCAAAUAUCUUCUGUUCAUCCUUUCCACUGCCUUGUACAAGUGCAGUAUAGAGAGGACGAAGAUACUUCAUCCUACCAACUUCCUUCAAAGUUUUCUCCACCUCAUUGUAGUAAUCUUUGCACCCAGCUAAGAUGGCCAGUUGGAGAAAUGCCACCUUCACCUCAUAAUCCUUUGACUCCGAUAGCCUGUAGCGUUCAUCUAAGGCUAAGAUCUGCAUAACCAACCAAAUGCUUCAAUAAGACAUCAGUUAAAUAUUUAUUA